AUGGCGGCACCAUUUCCAGCCGAUAGAGGUGGCGUGGCGGUGAUGGCAGGUCCGGUGGCUCCGCUCGAUCCGUCUCCGUCGAAGAUGAAGAACUCACCGCCGCAUAAGUCGCCGAUUCUGAUAUUCCUGCUGUUUCAUAAGGCUAUUCGCUCCGAGCUCGAUGGCCUCCACCGAGCCGCCAUGGCCUUCGCCACCAGGGCUUCCGGCGCCGCCGGAAUCGAGCCGCUGCUGGAGCGGUAUCACUUCCUUCGUGCCAUAUAUAAGCACCACUGCAAUGCGGAGGACGAGGUAAUCUUUCCAGCUCUGGAUAUACGUGUGAAGAAUGUGGCUCGAACUUACUCUCUCGAGCACGAAGGAGAGAGUGUUCUUUUUGAUCAGUUGUUUGAGCUGCUAAACUCGAGUAUGCAGAAUGAGGAAAGCUACCGGAGAGAGUUGGCGUCGUGUACUGGAGCUCUUCAGACUUCAAUCAGCCAGCAUAUGUCCAAGGAAGAGGAGCAGGUCUUCCCAUUGCUUAUUGAGAAGUAUUCAUGUGAAGAGCAGGCAUUGUUGGUCUGGCAGUUUCUGUGUAGUAUUCCUGUUAACAUGAUGGCAGAAUUUCUUCCAUGGCUCUCGUCCUCCAUAUCAUGCGAUGAACGUCAGGAUAUGCACAAGUACUUGAGCAAGGUGGUACCAGAAGAGAAGCUUCUGCAGCAGGUUGUAUUUUCCUGGAUGGAAGGGGUAAAAGCUUCUGCUUGCAGAGAUAAAUCGAAGGGUCAAUUUCAAGAUUCUGGAAAGAAGGUCCAGUGCUCAUGUCAGUCGUCCAAGACUUGUAAAAGGAAACGUGUGGAGCUAAAAUCUGAACAUUCCAGUAGUAUGUUAAAUCCUAUAGAUGAAAUGUUGCUUUGGCAUAAUGCUAUAAAAAGAGAGUUGAACGACAUAGCAGAGGCAGCCAAGAAGAUACAACUUUCUGGUGAUUUUUCUGAUUUUUCUGCAUUCAACAAGAGGUUGCAAUUUAUUGCAGAAGUUUGUAUUUUUCAUAGCAUUGCUGAGGACAAGGUUAUAUUCCCUGCUCUAGAUGCUGAACUGAAUUUCGCUCAGGAGCAUAGAGAUGAAGAAAUUCAAUUUGACAAGCUUAGGCGCCUCAUGGAAAGCAUCCAGAGGGCAGGAGCUGAAUCAUCUACAUCUGAAUUUUAUAUGAAGUUGUGCUCUCACGCUGAUCAGAUAAUAGAUAGCAUACUGAAACACUUCCAGAAUGAGGAACUUCAGGUGCUUCCACUUGCCCGUAAGCAUUUUAGCCCCAGAAGACAACGAGAACUUCUGUAUCAAAGCUUAUGUAUGAUGCCGUUGAAGUUGAUUGAAUGUGUCUUACCAUGGUUCGUAGGCUCACUUACUGAUGAGGAAGCAAGUUCCUUUCUUCAGAACAUUUAUAUAGCAGCUCCAGCAACAGAUUCAGCACUGGUCACUCUUUUUUCUGGGUGGGCAUGCAAAGGUCGUUCCGCAAACAUUUGUUUGUCUUCAAGUGCAAUUGGUUGUUGCCCUGCAACAACACUGACUGGAAGUGAAAGAGUGAUUAGCAAGAAACCAUUAUGUUUGUGCACCUCUAUGUUUUCCACUAAGCAAAGGCCUUUAUGCUUAUCAACAGAUGGAGAAGAUGAUAAUCAAAGGCCAUCCAAGUGUGUAAGUUUGGUGUCAUCUGUGGAAACUAUAGCAGGGCAGCCUAUAGACAAUGGAAAUACCCUUCAAAUAUCCUGCAGUAAGACAUGCUGUGUACCGGGGUUGGGGGUAAAUGACAGUAACUUGAGAGUGGGUUCUCUGGCUGCAGUAAAAACUCUGCGUUCCAUAUCUUUUAAUCCUUCAGCUCCUUCACUCAACUCCAGUCUUUUCAAUUGGGAAACAGAUUUCAGCUCUGCAGAUACUAGUACUGGAACUCGACCUAUUGAUAACAUAUUCAAAUUUCAUAAAGCUAUACGUAAAGAUUUGGAGUAUUUAGAUAUCGAAUCUGGAAAGCUUAAUGAUUGUAACGAGACUUUUAUCAGGCAUUUUUCUGGUAGGUUUCGUCUGUUAUGGGGUCUAUAUAGAGCUCAUAGUAACGCGGAGGAUGAUAUUGUAUUCCCAGCAUUGGAAUCGAAAGAGACUCUUCAUAAUGUUAGCCAUUCUUACACACUGGAUCACAAGCAGGAAGAGAAACUGUUUGAGGAUAUUUUUUCUGUUCUCUCUGAGCUUGCACAACUUAGCGAAUUCAUGAGCAUUAGACAUAUGUCUGGUGAUUCAGGACAAAGUAAUCGUGAUUCUUUUGAGCAUACUGAUACUUUGAGAAAGUACAAUGAGCUAGCCACAAAGCUUCAGGGAAUGUGCAAAUCCAUUAGAGUGACAUUGGAUCAACAUGUUUUCCGUGAAGAACUCGAGUUGUGGCCAUUGUUUGAUAAACACUUUUCUGUGGAAGAACAAGAUAAAAUUGUUGGUCGAAUAAUUGGUACUACAGGGGCGGAGGUUCUUCAAUCAAUGCUGCCAUGGGUAACUGCUGCUCUUACUCUGGAAGAACAGAAUAAAUUGAUGGACACAUGGAAGCAGGCAACCAAAAAUACUAUGUUUAGUGAGUGGCUUGACGAAUGGUGGGAUGGAAGUCGCGCUGAAUCUUCACAUACAGUGAAACCAGAAAGCUGUCCUUCUAUAGUUUCUGAUGUGGAUGCAUAUGCUAGCUUGGAACAGAGUGAUGAAACAUUUAAACCUGGAUGGAAAGAUAUAUUUCGGAUGAAUCAAAAUGAGCUUGAAUCAGAAAUUAGAAAGGUUGCUCGAGAUUCAACUCUUGAUCCAAGAAGAAAAGCAUAUCUUAUUCAAAAUCUAGUGACUAGUCGCUGGAUAGCUUCUCAGCAGAAAUCACCUCAAGCAGGUGUACUUGAAGGUUCAGAUGGUGAAGAUUUGCUUGGAUGUUCACCAUCAUUUCAUGAUUCAGAGAAAGAAGUGUUUGGCUGUAAGCAUUACAAAAGAAAUUGCAAAGUCCGUGCCAGUUGCUGUGGAAAACUAUUUACAUGCAGGUUUUGUCAUGACGAAGUGAGCGACCAUUCAAUGGAUAGGAAAGCUACAUCUGAAAUGAUGUGUAUGCGCUGCUUGAAGAUUCAGCCUGUGGGACCAGUCUGUACAACGUCUUCCUGUGGUGGAUUCCUGAUGGCAAAGUACUAUUGUAAUAUUUGCAAAUUUUUUGAUGAUGAAAGGACGGUUUAUCAUUGUCCUUCUUGCAAUUUAUGCCGUGUUGGGAAGGGACUUGGUGUCGACUUUUUUCAUUGCAUGACAUGCAAUUGUUGUCUGGGGAUGAAGUUGCUAGACCACAAAUGUAGGGAGAAGGGCUUAGAAAUAAACUGUCCCAUUUGCUGUGACUUUCUGUUCACGUCAAGUGCAACUGUGAGAGCCCUUCCUUGUGGUCAUUACAUGCAUUCAGCCUGCUUCCAGGCAUACACUUGUAGUCACUACAUUUGCCCAAUCUGCAGCAAAUCUUUGGGAGAUAUGGCGGUUUACUUUGGCAUGCUUGAUGCACUACUGGCUUCUGAGGAACUCCCAGAAGAAUACAGGGAUCGCUGUCAGGAUAUCCUGUGCAAUGACUGUGAUAAGAAGGGUACAGCACGGUUCCACUGGCUGUACCAUAAGUGCGGCUCUUGUGGAUCCUACAACACCAAAGUAAUCCGGAUGGAUUCGACCUCCCACUGCUUAACAUCAGGCAACUAAGAUGACAUAUCCUAUCGACGUCCCACAUUCCCAGCUCCCACUCAGGUUUCAUCUGUGGGUGUAUAUACAGUUUACUUUUAGGCAUCACCACCCGGCAUAGUCCUCUGCAAAUCGGACUCAGCCACUCACUAUGUACCAUAGUAUAUUCAGUUUUCCUAAUUUUCAUACCCCUGAUAAAUAAUCGAAAGUUUUAUUACAUUUCCGGCGGGGUCUGAAAAACGAUUGUACUUCCUCUGAUAAAUGCCAGGUGUUGAGGACUUGAGAUCAUGAACUUGUACUCGAGUGAGCCAGACCCUAUCAAAGAGGCUCCCGCCGUCCCGCGCUUAAUUUGGGAUUUGUACACACUUGGGAUCCAAUCGUGCUUCGUGCACACAUCACAUAUCGACAAUAUAUAUGGAUUCUUUUUUAGCCGGAAUUUUAAAUCUAUUGUCAAACUGGUGACCUUCAAAAGCAGAGACCAUUGUAUCGAAUAAGAAAGUAUAAAAAUU